CCGUCCCACACAUCUGACAUCAGGCGGAAAGUAAUUUAAUUUCGAUGAGUUGAAAAUGUGACAAUUACGUGUGGGUAAUUGCGUUUCAGCCGCUGUUCCAUGUGCCUUGGGAGGCCUUAAAGGUUGCACUGCCCAUGGGCGAUCCAUCGCUGUGGGCUGGGCAAAUGUUUACCGCCUGCGAUUGGGGUCAAAGACAUUCGGCCAGGUCGCAACUGGUCAAACAUGAACGGAGCCAGCCGCGGGCAUAUAAAUGGGCACUGGGCGUUAAGUCGGUCAACAUCCUCGCUUCAACUCGGCACCAUGGAUAUCCCAGUGUUGUGGCUCUACCUGCUUUUGGUCUCAGUCCUGCUGAUCUUCUUGAUGCCCACUGCCGAGUCCACAUUGCUCCUAUGGGCCUGCUUGUACCGACUGGAGAUAUGUCCCUUCAGGACCACCACCACCUAGUGAUCGGAAUGUAAAUUAUUGAAAAGCAACGUUUCCAUUGAGCCAACAGAAAAAUGUAUGCCACCCAAAAGAAAUAAACCUUCUGUUCUUAAGUACGAUAGGAUACAUCAACAGCUCAAACAAUA